AUGGCGGAUAGAGAAGAGAUUAGUCGAGUUUUUCGUCGUCGUCCUCGUGUCGACUGCAAAUGCAGUGAGUGCAUUGCGCGAGCGAUGGAUGCAUCCCAACAAACACCAUUCAAUAACACAAUUUACAUAUCGCUGCGACGCUCUGGGCCUACGGACUUCAAUCAGCCCAACGACGACGACGACGACGACCGAGCACUGAGAGAAACGACAACGACGACGACCAACCGACCGACCGACAUCCGUCCAUACACCAAGUCUAGGGCGUGGAGCUUUGAGACCUCAGAACAAUAG